AAGUCCAAGAAGUACAAGUCAAAGCAUCGAGAGGAUAAGAAUCGAGACACCGCCAGUCCUCCAGCCCAGUUGGCGACGCCAGGUGCCUCCAACUCCAGGAGCCAGGCUGUCAACGCUAGCGGUGGUGCGGACGGCGAGUUGGAGGAGGGUGAAGCGGCAGACGAGGACUUUGAGGAGGAGAGGAUCCACGAGGAGGCUGAAGAGGGAGAGGAGAACGGCGAGGCGGAGGAGGGGGAGAUUGCCUAUCGUUCCUCCUCUUCCAAGAAGGCGCACAGCAGACAUCGUCAACCAGAGACACCCACACCAGAAGACGGGGAAGCAAACAGCAGUCUGAGCGAAGACGAUGCCUACACCAGUCGGAGCAGUAGUCGGCGGAGACGACGUCGUUCUUGA